AUGACUAUAUCUUGGCAAGAUAAUCACAAAAAAUCUUUGGAAAAACUCAUUCAAUACAUUUAUUCUGAACUUUCAAAAAAUAUAUACAAUACUUCAUAUAUUAUUGAUCCUGUAGGAGAACGUUAUGACAAGAGAGUUUUUCUUCCCAGAAUUCCAAUGAUGACAUCCGAAAACCUUAAAAUGCCUUUUAUUCUAAAAAGAAAACAAUUUCCAGUUAGACUUGUGUUUGCGCUCACAAUAAAUAAAUCACAAGAACAGAUAAUACCACAUGUCAGUCUUUAUCUACUCGAACAU